AUGAAGAAUUUUUCAUUUCCUAUGCAGGAUAACACACAUGAGACCGAGAGUACUUCUCACAGAUUCCUCAGUUUGAAAAAUCAGUCAGAUCCUGUUGGAAGACCAGAAAGAGAUGAGCAAUUAGCUCAGGUAGAGAUUGCCGUACUGGGGGUCAUAUUUCUGACAGCAUCUGUGGGCAAUUUUAUUCUCAUACUGGUGCUGUGGCGAAGAAGAAAGAAGCUCUCUAGGAUGUAUGUAUUCAUGCUUCACCUCAGCAUCGCUGACUUAGUAGUAGCCUUUUUUCAAGUGCUGCCUCAACUCAUAUGGGAUAUUACAGACGUUUUUAUAGGGCCAGAUUUCUUGUGCAGAAUUAUCAAGUAUUUACAAUUGCUGGGCAUGUUUGCCUCUACUUAUAUGAUAGUGGUAAUGACAGUGGACAGAUAUCAGGCAGUUUGCUACCCUAUGGUCACUUUCCAAAAGAAGAGAGCUCUCUGGAACAUCCCCAUUUGCACCAGCUGGUCUAUAUCACUGAUUCUUAGCCUACCACAGGUAUUUAUCUUUUCUAAGACUGAAAUAUCUCCAGGUAUCUUUGAAUGUUGGGGUGAAUUUAUUCAGCCAUGGGGUCCAAGGGCAUAUGUGACUUGGAUUUUUGUAGUUAUAUUCUUUAUUCCCUCAGCCAUCCUUAUCACAUGCCAGGUUAAGAUUUGCAAAAUAAUCAAAAGAAAUAUAUAUGUGAAAAAACAGAAUGAAUAUGAACUAACAAAUCAGAAGCAAGCCCUGCCAUCCCGAGCAAGCAGUGUGAACUGUAUUUCAAAAGCUAUGAUCAAGACUGUAAAAAUGACAGUGGUGACGGUUGUUGCAUAUGUUCUCUGUUGGUCACCUUUCUUCAUUGCACAGCUGUGGUCUGUGUGGUUCCCCAGUGUCGUGACCGAAGGUUCAGCAUUCACCAUUAUCAUGCUCCUUGGCAAUUUAAAUAGCUGCACCAACCCAUGGAUUUACAUGUAUUUUUGUGGCCACAUUCCAUACUGCACAAAUAAACAGCUAGAGAACACCUCGGCUCAAGAGGAAUCAGUGAUCACAGGGAGCAUUCAUCUCGUAGACAGAGACCCUGAGGAAAACAGUACUUCUGCAUAA